UUCCCACCACGUCUGGUUUAUUUGCUUCCCAUUACUCAGACACACACACACCAACAUACAUAUUUCAAUUCAAAUGCCCACCACCCACAUCUGAAUUUUUGUUUUGAUCUCCAUUUUUAUCACCACCACCUCCAAACCAAGCAACCCACAUCCAUUCAUGCUCUUCUUUGUGCCCAAGCACGGGUGGGUUUGAUUCCAUCCUUUUCUCAAUUGGCCUGUACAACCUAUUAGUCCAUUCAAAAUAUUCAAGAGCAAAAUUAAAGGAAGAUUAGUCCUUUUCGAUUUUAUUGGGAUUUUUUAUUCGAAGAGGGUUUUUUAGAUAUUAGGAGGAGCACGAUCGGCUUUUGAGAUGAGGGUGGUUGGAGCUGUAGCAUAAUUUUUGCAUUGUUCUUUUUGAGAUUUUUAGAAAUUUUGGCGGGUAAAUUUGUAUCGCGUUAGGAAGAUAAAGAAAAGAACCAAUAAAGAAAAAAAAAAUUGGUUUCGGUGGAGUUUUGAUUUUAUUUGAGAGAUGAGCUGUUUUUCGUGUUUCUCUUCGGAUGAAAAGAAAUCCACAAAGAAAAUCAAUGAUAGGGAUCGGUCGGUGGCCACGCAUUAUCGCAAUACUAGUCCUGUGCAGCCUGAGAGUACAAAACUAAAGGCCACGGCUGAUGGCAAAAAGGAUGGUGGUAAGGUAGGCAAUGGGAACAUUGCAGCACAAACAUUCACUUUCCGCGAGUUGGCAGCAGCCACAAAGAAUUUCCGAGCAGAAUGUUUACUAGGAGAAGGCGGUUUUGGAAGAGUUUAUAAGGGACGCCUGGAGAACAACAGUCAGGUAGAUCUUGUGGCAGUCAAGCAGCUCGAUAGGAAUGGAUUGCAAGGAAACAGAGAGUUUCUUGUUGAAGUUCUCAUGCUGAGCUUACUUCAUCACCCCAACCUGGUCAAUCUCAUAGGCUACUGUGCUGAUGGAGACCAAAGGCUUUUGGUGUAUGAAUUCAUGUCUUUGGGGUCUCUAGAGGACCAUCUUCUUGAUAUCACACACGAUCAGACACCAUUGGACUGGUUUACAAGGAUGAAGAUUGCUACUGGUGCUGCUAAAGGGUUGGAGUAUUUGCACGACAAGGCCAACCCCCCUGUUAUCUACAGAGACCUUAAAUCGUCAAACAUUUUGCUUGAUGAAGAUUUCAACCCUAAAUUAUCAGACUUUGGGCUUGCUAAACUUGGGCCAGUUGGAGACAAGACACAUGUUUCUUCGAGGGUAAUGGGAACGUAUGGCUACUGUGCCCCUGAGUAUGUUCGAACAGGUCAGCUCACUCUAAAGUCAGAUGUUUACAGCUUUGGAGUAGUUUUGUUGGAGUUGAUAACAGGGAAGAGAGCUAUUGACCCUACAAGGCCCGCAGAGGAGCAGAAUCUUGUUUCUUGGGCCCAACCAAUGUUCAGAGACCAAAGGCGGUUCCCUGAAAUGGCUGAUCCAUUCCUUGAAGGGAACUAUCCAGUCAGGGGACUCAACCAAGCGGUUGCAGUAGCAGCGAUGUGUCUUCAGGAGGAAGCAGACACUCGUCCCCUAAUAAGCGAUGUGGUAACUGCGCUAAGCUUUCUCUCUACAACUGAUAUCGCUGCACCUCCUCCACCAAACCCUUCUCCUCAACCAGUCCAAGAAGCCCAUGAUCAUAGAUCAGAAGAUCACAAUGUCGAGGACAGAGAAAGGGCGGUGCAAGAGGCAAUUGAAUGGGGUGUCAAUUCUAGAGAGAGGCAAAGAGAGAAAUCAAAAGGUGGCAGUGAUUCACUUGUGCUGUUCUAGUGCUAAUCCGAGUGCCAGGGUAAAAAACUGCAUUUUCUGUUUAAUUGGUGUUCUUCCAAAUAGGGAUUGGUUCAUCCAGCUCUUGGGGAUGUCUUACAGUUACUUGAUCAGGGGUAACAGUAGAUUGUUGAGAGCCAAUUGGGAAGCAUGAUUUUCAAGUUCACCCUUCUCUACCCAUUUCAUCACAUGUAUUUGCAAGGUUAUAUGGCACUUAAAGUAAUGGUAUUGUUCCCUUCAUGUA